CGCGUGGCAUAGCAUCAAUGUUUUGUUGACGUCUCGUGUUUGCAGGCGAGGCCUUCGCAGUGCAGUUAGCUACACGGCAAAGGUUGACGACGCAGUCGCAGAAAGACGGGCGCCCGCGCAGCUCGCCGUCGAAAAUCUGCGCACACGCACACCAAAUUGGAAAUUCAGGUGUUUAAGUGUCUCGGGUGAAAUACAAAAUGAAGUUCCAUAUUAAGGUUUUUGACGUGGUACCAGCACGGUUCAAUGUGGCCAUGAUGAUGUUCUUCGCAUGCUGGGUUAACUACAUGAUGCGAGUCAAUAUGAGUGUCAACAUCAUCGCGAUGGUACCAGACAAGACCAACAAUACCUCGGUGCAAAGCGAAUGCGAGGCGAUUACAACAGAUGACAGUGCGCUCAACACGACAAUGAGUGCGGUGACGCGGCUUGAUUUGCGACAGCCUGAUGGCGUAGUGACAUUUGACUGGACAGCACAACAGCAAGCCUAUGUACUAUCGGGGUAUUUCUGGGGGUACACUAUCACGUGCCUCGUGGGGGGCACGGUGGCCGAGCUGUGGGGUCCCCGGAGGAUAGUCUUCAUCACCAUGCUUCUCAGUGCUAUCCUCACCAUCUUCUCUCCUCAGGCAGCUAGAUGGCAUUACUUGGUGCUUGUGGCAGUGAGAUUUGUUAUAGGUCUUGGAGCGGGGGUUUUAUUUCCUGCACUACACGCACUGGUGGCUCACUGGGCGCCUCCAGUGGAAAAAGGGAAGUUUGUGAGUGCCCUGCUAGGGGGCGCCAUUGGUACAGUGGUCACCUGGUCCCUUACAGGACCCCUCAUCGAGAACUUUGGAUGGGAUUACGCGUUCUAUGUGCCAGGCACGAUAGCUGUGUUCUGGUGUUUUCUGUGGUGGGUGCUGGUUUACGACUCUCCGGUCCAACACCCUCGGAUUACUGAGAGUGAGAAGAAGUACAUCCUAGAUGCUAUAGGCGACAAAGUGCAUCAGAGUUCUAAAGAUACUAAGAUCGUACCGCCUUUUAGAAGCAUCGCGACUUCAUUCCCGUUCCUAGCCAUGGUGGUUCUCCACUACGGUAGCAACUGGGGGCUGUACUUCAUCAUGACGGCUGCCCCCAAGUUCGUCUCCAGCGCAUUGGGAUUCAACCUCACGUCCACGGGCACGCUUUCCUCGCUGCCCUACCUUGCUAGGAUGAUCUUCUCACUGAUAUUUGGAGCUAUUGGUGAUAGAAUAAUGAAGCAGAACGUAGUGUCCAUCACGUUUAUGAGAAAAUUCUUCUGCUUAUUCUCCCACAUCGUCCCUGGACUUCUCCUCAUUGCCCUUGGGUACACUGGCUGUGCGCCAAUCCUGUCCGUGGCCCUGAUCACGUUCUCCAUGGGGUCUAACGGAGCCGCCACGCUGACGAACCUGGUGAACCAUCAGGACUUGGCUCCCAAUUUCGCUGGCACGCUGUAUGGCAUCGCUAAUGGGAUUGGAAACACUGCUGGUUUUGUUACACCAUUGGUAACGGCCCACUUUACGAAAGAUGGGAACGGCUUCGCGGAAUGGCGGCCAGUAUUCUUCACAGGGGCGUGUCUUUACAUAGCUUCGGCAAUUUAUUUCAUUCUCUUCGGCACCGGUGAAACGCAGUCAUGGAACUAUAUCACAGCCGAGGAAGAAGAAGAAGAUAAGAGAACAAGCAGCUCGUCUAAUGAUACCACGGUCACAAUCCCCGUGAAAACUUAAUCGAUGUUCUAAUUUUAGGAAUUAUUAUAGUAUAAAAUAAAUAUUUCCAAAUAUGAUUCUGGAUUUCAUCAUCAAAAAUCAUUGUAUCUAAUGUGUUCGUAAAAAUUCCUUGUUACUACAUUCCAUACGAUUUUGGUAUCCACUAUUUUUUUAAUACUAAAAUCAUUAUUAAAAUAGACAUAAAAUAUACAGUUUCUUAAUGAAACUAUAUACAUAUGCAAUAUAUUUGUUACUAAAAGCUCAAUGAAAUAAGAAUAAUGAAACCUAUAAAUAAAGGUAUUAUAUAAGGCAUAGAUUUUUAAUAAGAUUGACUUAUUGUUUUGUUUAAGUUAAUUUAUAUUGUAUUGUAAAAAUGUUGGGAAUAAAAAUUUAGCAUAAAUAGCAAAUAAACAAAAUUGGCAGUGCACUUUUGAUGACAAAAUUUAUAAUUUUAGAAUAGUAUCUAAUUGUUGCCAUAGAAAAUAUGCAAAUAUAAUGAUAUUUCGAUUAAAUUAAUAAGAUACAUCUUAAGUAGUGUAAUUUGAAAAAUUUAUUCCAUAGUUAUUAUGGUUAAUUAAUUAAUUGAUCUUUUAAAAAUUUGGAUUUAAGGCCUAUGUAAACCAUUUGAACUUUCAAAAUUUUACAAUAUAGAAUGUAAGUUUUUUUUGUGUGUACAUAUAGUAUAAGAAUAUAAAAUAUUUUAUAAAAUUAAUAUUUAUUAUAAUCCAUAAUCCUGGACAAUUUUGUGAUGUGAUGUUUAAUUUCAUACAAAACUUAGGUUUAAGGAUGUAUUUAAGACUGUGAUCAUAAAUACUAUGUGCCCGUAAAUAAACUUCAUACAAUAAAAUGCGUACUUGUUUAUUUUUA